AUGAAUGUAUGUAGUCGUCGACAUAGGACGCUAAGCCCAAAAAAACCUUUGUUUCACGUCGCAACUCUCAGGGACGUUGGAGCGGCCCAAUGAGAAGAUGUCGCUUAUCAGCCAAAUCUGGCGCUCGUGGUGGAGAGGAUUCAUUCACUCUACGAUUACAGGGACUCCACGUGGCUUCCAAUAUCAUGAUGAUAUCUGCGUUUAUGGCAGAAUCAGACAUCCGAACUCGAGACUCUGCAGGAGGCGCUAUCAACCACAGACAGCAGCCCCACCAAGUAAGAUGUAGGUACUCGCAGAACAGCUUAAUGACAGCUUGAUGAUAACGCUUCAACAGAAAUCCUCGAGCCCAAACUUGCAAGACGUGUUGAAGCUCUAUCCUCUUACGGUAAUAUGUGA